GUCGGGGAGCAGGUUGGGGGCUCAGGGCUCAACCUCCUCAUCAACAAUGCUGGGAUGCUGAUAAACAGCACACUUGAUACUGAGACGCUGGAGAGCAUGACCCAGACUUACAUCACCAACACAGUUGCACCUCUGCUGCUGAGUCAGGCGUUCCUGCCCUUGCUGAAGAAGUCUGCCCAGGGGAGCCCAAGCUCGGCACUGAGCUGCAGCAAGGCAGCCAUCAUCAAUAUGUCCAGCACUGCUGGCUCCAUUGAGAAAGCCUCGAUCUGGAAUCAGACACUUCUUGUCUCAUACCGCUGCAGCAAGGCUGCUCUGAACAUGCUGACCAAGUGCCAGUCCCUGGGGUACCGGGAGCACGGAGUCCUCUGCGCUGCUCUGCACCCUGGCUGGGUGCAAACCGAUAUGGGGAGCUCUGUCGGACACAUGCCCCCCGUGACAGUGGACGCCAGUGUGCGAGGGAUGCUGAAGGUGCUCUCCUCCCUCUCUGAGAAGGACACCGGCACCUUCCUGGACUGGGAAGGGAAGGUCGUGCCCUGGUGA